CUUAAGACUACACAUUACAUCACAUCUGAGGAAAGCAGGGAAGGGCUGUUUAUGAGGGACACACCCACAACUGAAUGAUAUAUUCUGAUCCUGGUAACAGGAAACAUUUCUGAUAAAGCAGUCACAGGCAGAGCUAUGAAACCACAAAACAAAGCAUGAGGAGCAGAUAAGAUGGAGGCAGAAGACGAUGACAACACAGCAGCUGGAGGACAGACUGUCACAUCUGUAUUUCCAGCUGUAACAAAUGACAAAGCUGAGGAGGUAGAGGAGAGUGCAGCUGAAACAAAGUGUGGUCCAGUGAAUGAACUCAGUGAAGCUGAACACUCAGAGAGAAAAGAUGAAAGAACAACGAUAGAAGAGUCUGAAAUCACAUUUGAAGAAGCAGCUGCAUCAGAUGAGAAAGCAGGAGAGCUUGAUGAAGUUAAAGAAGUCCACAAUGAAAGCAGCAGUGACAAUGAGCACACUGCAGAGGAGAGCAACAGACUGGAGUGCACAAGUCAGAGUGAUGAAAGAGAAAUCAACAAAUUGACGCCCGAGCUCACACUUGUGUUAGUUGGUGAAACAAAUUCCAUUGAGAUUGGAUCAAAAAACAUCUUAUUUGACCAUGACGAGCAAACAAAUGUUGAACAGUUUUCAUCCAAACUGUAUGAUUUGUGUGGUCGGCACAUAUCUGUCAUUAACAUGCUUGGUCUUCAAAGCAUUGACAAAUUCUCAUUAAACAGAGGAAUCCAUGCCUUUCUCUUACUGUUACCAAAUGGUCUGCAUAGCAGCCAGUACAGUUCAGGAGUGCAGUGGUUAGAAAAAGCUUUUGGGAAAGAAUCACUUGCUUAUUUAAUGACAGUUGUGACUCAUAAGUCAGAUGAAACAUGUGAAAGUGCAGUGGCAGACCUGAAAGCCAACAGCAGUUUCACUGAAAAAAGGUGUCACACAUUUAAAAACAGCAUGAUGGAUGAAAAUGAGAUAAUAGCUCUGUUGGAAAAAAUAGAUGUGAUGGUCUCUGAGAAUGAUCCACACUGCUACCGUGGACUGAUGUGUGAUGACACUAAAGAGCAGAAAGACCUGCUGGACCACAAAUCCAACAAAGCAGAAAGGAUCGAUUCCUCUGAGUCUCAGCAACACCCAACAGGCUUUAACAAUUCAGCAGCAGAGGUUGAUGAAGCUAAAGAAGUUCACAAUGAAAGCAGCAGUGACAGUGAUCAGACUGCAGAGGAGAGCAACACACUGGAGUGCACAAGUCAGAGUGAUGAAAGAGAAAUCAACAAAUUGACGCCUGAGCUCACACUUGUGUUAGUUGGUGACACAAAUUCAACUGAGAUUGAAUCAAAAAACAUCUUACUUGACAGUAUGAUGGAUGGAAAUGAGGUAAUAGGGUUAUUGAACAAAAUAGAUGUGAUGGUCUCUGAAAACGAUCCACACUGCUACAGUGGACUGAUGUGUGAUGACACUAAAGAGCAGAAAGACCUGCUGGACCACAAAUACCAGGAAGAAGAAAGGAUCGAUUCCUCUGAGUCUCAGCAAAAUCCCACAGAAGAUGAGUUCGAGAAGAAUGAAUCUGAAGUCAAGUUAAAGUGUGAUCCGCUGAAUGAACCAGAUGAUGUUGAACACUCCAAGAAGAAGGAUGACAGCACAACAUCAGGUGGAGAGCCUCACAUCAAGUCUCUAACAGCAUCUGCAGAUGAGAAAGGUACCUUACAUACAGAUGUGGAUGGAAACAAGGAUGAGAUGUCAGAGAAGACUUUUGAAGAGAUCAACAUGAAGGAGCAAUAUCAAAGAGAAAGUGAAACACUGCUCAGCAGACUUCAUCUUCAAGACAAAUAUGAACAAAAGCUUACACCAGCUGAUUUUCUUAGAAUAAAUAGAUUUGUAAAACAGCAACAUGACACAUCAGAGAAAGAUCUAGCUCACACUUUUCUUCAGAGGUUGAUGAUGUUAGACUACAGAGCCAGAUAUAUACCUGUAAAACAAGACAGUCUUGAGGGGAGCAACCCAAAGCAACAGCAUACAAAAACAGACGAUGACUUUGAAGUUCUUUUUAGUACCAGUGUAGAGUCUGAUCAGCCAAAACAAUCUCAUGUACAUCCAAUGGAUGUUCAAAUGGCAGUAUUUCACUGCUCAGACAGCUUUCUGAAGCAGAACAUGAUUACAAAGCUAUCCCAGUGUCAGUACGCCUUACCUUUGCUUGUUCCUGACCCAGUCACAAUGGACAUUGAGUGUCCUCUGUGGACAUUCAGACAAAUAAUGAAAAGCUGGAAGAUAACACAAACCAAAGAUGAUUCAAACAUUGUCACCAUGAAGAGUAUGCCCAUUUACAAAGCUGAGACGCCCAUGGUGUCAUUUUUCCGUCUUGGUUCACUGUCACUGUCUAAAUCUCAGCUGAUGAACACUUUGAUCAACGACCGUCACAGCACCUUCUUCCACAGAAACUGUCCAGGAAGUACCAAAUCUCGCCAUUUGAUGGACGGUGUGGCAGAGAUUGCCUGGUACUGCCCUGCUGGGAAACCCAAUGAUGCCUUCACUGACUGCAUUGCCUUCUGUAAUCUUCAUGGUGAUGCUCUGAUGAUUGAAAAACAGCGUGAAAUACUGAUGGAAAAAUCUUCAGUCAAUGUUGUUUUGUUACCAACUCUGGAGAGAGGUGACAGAAGUUGGACAGUUGUCUCAGCCCUUCUCAAGUCUCCAGAACCUCUGAUUUGUCUCAUUGUUGAUAAUGAUUGUGGUGCAGUUGAGAUGAAAGAGGGAAAAUACAAAAUGGGUCUGAAAGACAGAAGCUGGUCAGAUGUUUCUGAAGAACUAAAAGGAAUCAUUGGAAAAAUCUUGUCUGGACCACAUACAUCCUUCCAGCUAGAAACCAUGGCUGAGGUCUCUGGAAUCAGAGUGGAUGAAGAUGACGCAGUCUGCCGAAAAGGAAAAACUGCUGCUAUGAAAAUAGUGGAUUUACUUCGAGGGAUGGAUGUUUCAAAGAUCAAAGAUAAAUAUCUCCCUUGUCAAGGCCAACUGUGGCAUGAUUGGUGCAAAAUAAACAAGGAACAGUAUCACCUCAAAGGGAACAUUGAGAUGGAGAAAUGUAAAAAGCAGCAGAAAUUGGAGAAAAUACGUCAAGGACAAUGUUCGGCUUCCUGUAGUGAACUGAUGAAGUUGUUCAUUGAAAGCCUCUCGUCUCUGCCAUCAAAAGAAAAAGAAUAUUUCCUGAAAUGGACUCAGAUCUUACUGGAUGCACUCUCCACAGAUGAUCUGUCCUCAAUUCUCCAAAAGUAUGAUGAGAAGUGGUCUGAGGUGUUGACUUUGAAGAAGAAGCAUGAUAAAUCCAAACAGCUAAUAAGUAAGCAAACUGAGCUUGAGGAUAUAUCAGAAAAACUGCAGUCAGCUACUUUUGGCUUAGAGCACAUCUUUAGAGAAAUUGGACAGAUCUAUGAAGCCCAUAAAUCUCUGCAGGAACAAACAGAGAUGGAAGAGACUGACUGGUCCAAAUACCCUGAGCUGGCUGCAGAGCUGAUGAUAUCAGGACACCCAAUGGAGCUGAUGGAUGGUGAUGCAGGUCAUGUGCCUUUAACAUGGAUCUCUAGUCUUUUAGAUGAAGUCAUCAAGAAACUGGGCAACAAGAGAUUUUUUGUUCUGUCAGUUUUGGGUGUACAAAGCAGUGGAAAAUCCACCAUGCUGAAUGCCAUGUUUGGAUUAGAGUUUGCAGUAAGUGCUGGCAGGUGCACCAAGGGUGCCUUCAUGCAGCUGGUCAAAGUGUCAGAGGAGAAAAAGAAAGACUUUGAGUUUGACUAUGUUCUAGUGGUGGACACUGAAGGACUGCGUGCUCUUGAGCUGGCAGGUAACGCCACUCUUCACCACGACAAUGAACUGGCAACAUUUGUCGUUGGUCUGGGAAACAUGACGUUGAUCAACAUCUUUGGAGAGAAUCCAGCUGAGAUGCAAGAUGUACUGCAGAUUGUUGUUCAGGCUUUCAUGAGGAUGAAGAAAGUUAAACUUUCUCCAACUUGUGUGUUUGUUCACCAGAAUGUUUCAGAUAUUGGAGCUGCAGAGAAAAACAUGGAUGGAAAGAGACGACUUCAAGAAAAACUGGACCAGAUGGCAAAACUAGCUGCCAAAGAGGAGGUUUGUGAUGCUGAAUGCUUCAAUGACAUCAUUAAAUUUGAUGUGCAGAAAGACGUGAAAUACUUUGCUCAACUGUGGGAGGGAAGUCCACCAAUGGCUCCUCCAAAUCCAGGUUAUAGUGAGAGCAUCCAGGAUUUAAAGAACAUCAUCCUCUCUAAAGCUUCACAGUCUGCUGGUACAACUCUUUCACAGUUCAAAAGCAAAAUAAAGGACCUGUGGGAUGCUCUACUGAAAGAAAACUUUGUUUUCAGUUUCAAAAACACACUUGAAAUUGCAGUGUACAGAAAACUUGAGGUCCAAUAUGGAAACUGGACCUGGGCCCUGAGGAGCAACAUGUUGAUCAUUGAGAACCAGCUUCAUACCAGGAUUGAAAAUGGAAAACUUGGCAAUGUUGACCUCAACUAUCUUUUUAAAGAAAUGAGCAAAACAUACGAAGAAAUUGAGAAAGGCAUGAAGGUGUACUUUGAUGAUGACAGAGACAAAGAAAUGUUGGUUCAGUGGCGAGGCCGAUUUGAAAGCAAAAUCAAAGAGUUUCAUGAUGAACAGGUGAGAGGAGUUAAAAGAAAACUGGAUGAGGUCAUCCAACAGAAGAAUGCUCGUAAAAAGAUGGAUGACAAGAAGACAGAGUUUGAGAACAAGCUGCUACAAAAGAGCAAAGAGCUUGCUCAGCAGUUAAAAGACAAGGCCAAAGAUGAAGAGGAACUCCAAAAGCAGUUCAACAGUGUUUGGAGUGGCUGGGUUACCGAAUUCACAGGAGACACAAAACCUAUUGAGGACAUCAACCUGGAAGAAGAACAAAUGUCCAUUCUUCAGGAGUUCGGUAUUGAGUGGUCUCUUAUUGAUGAUUUAAAGAGCUGUGAAAACUACAAAGACAUAUCAACGAUUGGGGAUUAUUAUGAGUAUGUAACCAUGAACAAGAACCAAGAGCUCUGCAACAAAAGCCAACAAUACCAAGAUGAUAAGAGGCAAAACAGGAACACAAAAGGGCAAGGAAGAUUGACAACUGCAUGGGUGUCCUUGAAGAAUUUUUUGGGAUAUGGGUCAACAGGACAAAAAGAACCACUGAAAUCAAGAGAAGAUUUUCCAUAUGAAGAACAAGAUCUGAUCAGAUCCCUCAUUGAUUAUGUUGAACAACAGUCUAUUGACACAAUUAAGAGCAAACCUGUAGCAACAAGAGGCUACAGUCCAACUUACUUGCAAGAAGUGGCCAAAAAUGUCAAAGAGAAAGUGACAGAAUUUGAAUCAGAGAGGAAAUACGCUCUGAAGAAGGAGUUUACAGUUGAUCUGUUACUGUAUGUUUUUGACAAGGCAGGAAUUUGGAUAUCAGAGUCCCACAACAAAUUCAAAAUGAACAAUGAUGCUGUAACUUUUGUAGAAAGCAAGAAAAUGCAGUAUUACAACAUUUUUAGAAGUUUCUGUAAAGGAAACUCAUCUGCUGUUGUGCUUGGAGAAUUGAUCUGUGAAAAACUGAAAGUUUCCACUGUUAAAGCUGUCUGUAACAGAACUGCCAUAGAUCUCGCUGGAGAGAUUAGGUGCAGUUUCCCAGCAUUCAAUGGGAACAGGUUGAACUUGGAGAAACAUGUGUUGAUAUCACUGGCAGAAAAAGAAGACUUUGAUGGUUUCAUCAACUACAUCCGACACCCAAGGAGCCAAGUUAAGAGUUUCAUAAAGGAGGAAGUAGAGAGAUACAUCUACCCAAAACACAAAGCUAAAGCAAAGAAAAUACUCAAGAAAAAUGUUGAAGACAUCAAUAAACUUGUGAGUCAAGCUUUGUUUGAUACAACAGAGAAAGUCAAAACUCAGGGAGGAAACACAGACAUGUGGCUGAAGGAAUUUUCCAGUUUGCUAAAAGAUGUGCUGACAUUUGACACCAUUAGUUCUAAAAAUUUCAAUGAAAUAAACAAAUUUGACUUUCUUAAAGAAGAGAUAGAGAAAGGACUUACAUCCAUCAUUAAAGAGUUGAGCAGCCUCUCAUUGGAUAAGAUGAAGGAAUUCAGGCUGAAACCAGAUCAAAUCCUCAUUGAUCAGCUGUGUAACUGCUGCUGGGUAAAGUGUCCAUUCUGUGCAGCUGUUUGUACAAACACCCUGAAAGAUCACAGUCCUGAUGAUCACAGCGUGCCUUUUCAUCGACCCUCUGGGAUCAAUGGAUGGCACUUUAGAAACACGGUGGAGAUGUGCAUUGAUUUUUGUACAACUAAUGUUGCAAGUGAUCGCAGGUUUUACCCUCGUCAUGAUUCAGACAAGUCCAUUCCCUAUAAAGUGUACCGCACUGGUGGCCCAGAAUAUGCUAACUGGAGAAUUACUCCUGAUGAGUCUAAGCUGGCGUAUUGGAAAUGGUUUGUAUGUCAAUUUCAAAAGCAGCUGGAAAACCACUAUAACUAUAAAUUCCAGGGCAGAGGGGACAUUCCCACCGAGUGGAAAAGGUACUCUAAAAAAGAAGCUAUUAAAAGUCUAGAUGAAAUGUGUCAGUGAACCGACACAACACAACUACAACCCUUCUGAAAAUUAUGACACUGUUUUGUUUGCUACAAGACAGCAUUUUCUGAUUUUUGCUGAUUUUAUAAUUGACAGGGGAAUUUGUCUGUUACAAAGAAUAUAGAAGGUGAUUUGACACUUAUACAGACACUUGAUUUCUUGCUUGAAGUGAACAUAAACAAAAGAACGCAGAAGAGCAAUAGUCAUUAUUCAUAUCUACAAGGUUGGUUACAUCUGUAAAUGACAACUAUUUCCAUGCAAAAGAGGAAAUUUAGAUUUGUGUUUCUGAGCAAUAAUGGGUUGUAAGGGAAAUAAGAUAAAACAAAGCAUCCUAUUGCAUUAUUGAUUCACAGGAUGCACAAAAACUGAAAAAAGUAAUCAGCACAAUAUUUUCAGAAAUCAUGUACAUAUUACCUUAUUAAAUGUUUGCAGUAUAAACAUCUUGUCAAGGAGUCAUAAUUAACAUGACCACAACCAUUUUCGAUUUAUGUAUUUCAACUCUUUUUUUGUUUUAUAUUUCAGUUGUGUUGUAUUGUUGUGUAUUAUGGGCCUUAAUCCUAAAAUGGAUAAAUAGUUUUUUUAGUUUAAUCAUUAGUUGUUUUUGUUUGUUUGUUUUACAAUAUGCAUGAAAUGCAAAGAAAUUUGCAAGAUGUCUGAGCUGAAACAUUUUUAUUAUGUUGAACUCAUCAGAAAGUUAUUGCAACCUGAUAAUUGAUGAAACUGUUAAAUAUUACAUCAAAAAACAUAAAAUUUGAAGUUCUGAGCUUCAAUCAAUAUCAAAUGAGGGACUUUUUUAUACAAUAAGGCAUGGAAACCAUAUUUUUUCUUAUACACAUUUCUAAAUAUUACAUAUGAAAAUAAUGUCAAACAGAUGUUAUGUUUUUAACUGCUUCUCUUGUAAUUUUCUUUUAAUGUUUGAAGGUAUGUUAAAGAACAUAUCAAAUGUAAAUGAUGAAGGA